CAUGCCUUCAAAGCAAAAGAUGCAGCCGUAAGGCCUUUUCAGAGCACUUGACCCAGCUGCCACAGUAGUGACGUCUCUACCACCAUGGUUAGAAGCAGGCUUUAACUCUUGCAAAAGGGAGGAAGGAGUAAACAUUAGCCCAAGAAACAGCAGUUGUGCUGCAUUGUUUCUUCCAGGCAGCUCAAAUAGGCGUUGCCAAUGGAUGAACUGGUGCAUGACUUGGCUUCAGCCUUAGAGCAGACUUCAGAACAAAACAAGCUGGAUGAGCUAUGGGAAGAGAUGGCCCUAAGCCCACGGCAGCAGGGACGUCAGCUUCGCAAGAGACGGGGUCGCAAGCGACGCUCAGACUUCACGCAUCAGGCAGAGCACGCCUGCUGCUACAGCGAGGCCUCAGAGUCAAGCUUGGAUGAAGCUGUGAAGGAUUGCCGGGAGGUGCUGACAGCCAAUUUCAGUGACUCUGAUGACACAGCAGUGGUCAAACGACAUCCAGCUCUCAGUGCCACCCUGAGGAGCAAGCAACACUCGUGGCAUGAGUCAGACUCCUUUACAGAGAACGCGCCAUGUCGACCUCUCAGGCGCCGUCGGAAAGUCAAACGAGUGACAUCGGAGGUGGCUGCCAGUCUGCAGCAAAAGCUCAGGGUGUCAGAGUGGAACUACGAGAGGGGCUGCAGGUUCAAGUCAGCUAAGAAACAGCGUCUUUCACGCUGGAAGGAAAACGCGCCUUGGACGUCAUCUAGUCGUGGCCUUUGUGAAACGGGAGAGAACAGGCCCUUCCUCAGCAAAGGGGGAAGGAAGGAGCGGAUGGAGUGCGAAGCUGAUGAGCAGAAGCAGGGCUCAGAUGAAAAUAUGUCUGAAUGUGAAACCAGCAGUGUAUGCAGCAGCAGUGAUACUGGCCUGUUUACCAAUGAUGAGGGCCGCCAAGGAGAUGAUGAGCAGAGUGAUUGGUUUUAUGAAGGAGAAUGUGUCCCAGGAUUCACUGUCCCCAACCUCCUUCCCAAGUGGGGAGCUGACCACCGAUCUGAAGUGGAGCGGAUUGACUCAGGACUGGAAAAGCUCUCAGAUUCCACGUUUCUUUUGCCCUCGCGACCAGCUCAGAGAGGCUUUCAUGCUCGCCUGAAUCGCCUUCCAGGAGCUGCUGCCCGUUGUCUCCGAAAAGGUCGAAGGAGGCUUGUUGGCAAGGAGACCUCCAUGAGCACUGUGGGCACCGAGAGGCUAGGUCAUAUUGUUAGUGAUCCGCGCCAGAAAGAAAAGAACAAAGUGCUGGCUUCUGAUUUCCCUCACACUGUGGCGUUUGCACGUGAGUUCAAUCCAUUAUCUCCUCUGUACUCUCUGGAUGUGCUUGCUGAUGCUUCCCACCGAAGAUGCUCACCAGCACACUGCACCGCCAGGCAAGCAAAUGUACACCUGGGACCACCAUGCUCAAGGGACAUCAAGAGGAAACGAAAGCCAGCUGCAGCCUCCACAUCCAGCCCAACAUCAGCGACUUUAUCUGUGCACACGGAUGCUGCAGAGUCAGACCUACCAGCAACAACAUCCCUGAGAUCCCAGAACUCUGAGUGGACAGGGAAAACACCAGCAGCUGAGAAAGCCACUAUUGCUGCCUCCACUAACUUUUUUAAAAUGCCGCCAGAGAAGAGCCCCGGAUACAGCUAAAAGAAACCAUUGCAACUGUAAAAGCUUGCUGGAUUUUGGGAGUGUUUGACUCUGGUGUAUGUCUUCAUCAAACAUCUUGUUUGGCAGUAGUGAUAUCUUCAGUAUCGGCACGUGAUGCGUGCCAUCGUCCAGAUAGAUCUGCGUGCCCUGCAUAUCUAAACGAUGUUUGUGAAUCUGUGUUUAAAAAAAGGUAAUCAGUGUUGGGACUGCAGUGACUUUUUAAACUGUUCUUGCUAUUGCUGUAUUUAUUAUGCAUUCAUCUCCUUCCCUGAUGCCAGCUCCUAUGUGCUGGGUUGUAUACAGAAUCUUUUGGAUUUUCAGAUCUUGGUCUAUAUUCACCCAUGGACAUGUUGCUUAUUUACUGCAUUUGGCAUUUUCUGUGUGAAAGUCCCCCUGCUUUCUCCAAGGCCAGGAAGACUUCUUGGCUGGGGAAUUAGGAGGGAAUGCUAACAAGAUGAAACAUGGAACCUGAAUUCUGUAGUAGCAGAAUGUUUUUAGGCCAUGUGUGAAUGAACUCAAACCAUGUUGCUUCUAGUGAAGCAAAUACAGUGCUUGUCCAUUCAGAAAUUGCCCCAGGCUCACUGACAGCAUGGUCCAUUUCCUUCUCCCUUCUUCUGAAUGUCUUUCAUCUUGCUUUGUGUAGUGCAUGUUCUUUCCUAAAUUUCCUACUGGAUAAGGAUUUGGAAGAACCACUUGGACAUAAACGUGGAAGCUGGUGUCAUGGAAAGGAACCUGGGCCCUCAAAUAUCCUUCAAGUAUGGUAGAGGUUAUAUCUAACUUCUGUUUCUCAGUGUUUAACUUCAAAAGAGACUGUCUGCAUUUCCCAGGACAUUUUCCAUCGAAGUUACCAUGUAACUGAACAACAACAACAACAAAAAAAGAUUUAAAGUGUCACUUGUGUUCAAAGCCUUCUUGGUACUGAUCAGACCAUAUCUGUCUCAUGUUCUCACUCCCUUCAAAAAAGCAUUGUCUGCUCUAUCUGUUGGAGGUGUCUCCACCUGCUGUUGAUUGUACUUUACUCUGCAGCAUGCACAGAAGAGAUUCUGUUCUCUUUGUAAUGCUUGCACUUGGUCCUCUGUUACCUUCUCUCUUGCAGAAUAUACGGAUAGUGAUUUCUCCCCUCUUUUUCAUCUAUUCUUGAUCACAUUACAUGUACUUUUAUUGAGUUACUCUGCCUGGAAUUUAUUUUGGGCUAAAUUUUUAGGAUAUAUACCUGUAUAGCACAUGUCAAAGGGCCCAUGGCCUCAUGGGUUCCCAAGUCCUUUAAAAAUAAGACAUAUUUGUAUUAACACAAUUACUUUUGUUUUUCUCUCUGGGUGGAGCUUCCAGACAGGGCAACUGAAGCUUGUAAAACUCAUUUUGAAUGUGGAAGUGCAGUUAGCACUGUUUUUACCAUUUUUUUGCAGUGUUUUUAGUGGUUUUACAGUGUUUGCCUCUCCCUUUUAAAUCAAAUAGCUGAGGGACAGAUUUGAUUUCAAAGCUAUAAGGCAGUGUUUUAUAUUUAAUUAUGUAUUAAUAUGUUAAAUGGUCAUAACGUAUACAAAACAAAAAAUUGAACAGCUCAGUCUAAAUCAUGAUUGACAAAUACAGUUACAUUACAGACACACGGCCUGUGUCUGAUCCCCUAAUACCUACUUAUUCGUGGGGAGGGAUCCAAAUUGGAUUUAUAUUUCGCAGCCCAAGCAAACUGUCAGAUCUGCCCAUGCAAAUCCCCCUCAAAAUAUUAUUUUGUUUUUAGUGGUACAUUUUAGAACUAUUUAGAACAGGGAAAGCCUUUUUACCUUGCCAAAGGUGUACAGAGGUCAGUUUGGAUUAUGGGACAAGCAGCGAAGGCUUUGUGGAAUGAGGAGUGUUCCUGUUUUAAAGAAGCCCUUGGAUUGUCUUAUUUUGUACUUGGAGCACUUGGCUCAGUGAUGCUUGAGAGGUAAUGGAAGAAAUCUAAACACUUGGAGGGCCUGUGAUCUAGAAUUUAUAAAGAGGAAGGAAACCUGAAAAGUAGGCAAUUGUCUGUCUUGUACUUGUGAGCACAGUGAAGGCAAUGGUGGUCACAUUCUCCUGACAGCCAGCAAAUAAAUUUUUGGUUUAGAGCUUUGUAACCCAACUUGCAGGGAGUGGUCCCCUGAAAGAGCAUUUGUGCAAUUCAGUAUUUGUCUCAUGAAGGCUCUUCCACAACCUCUCUUGGUUUGAGUCUAUUUAACAGACUCAUUCCAGUUACCAAGCAUUUAGUUGCAGUUUUAAAAUCUGGUCUUCUAUGUUCCCCUUUUUUAGAACAAUUCUGAUACAGCAAGAUUCUUCAGAGCAAUACUGUUUCUUUUGUGGUGGCAGGACAGUUUAAAACCUUUACAAGAGGUGUUAGGGAAUCGACAGCCUUCAUCUCCCUCUUGGGAGGAAGGACACCAGACUUCACAUGAUUUUCCUCUGGGGGCAGUGAAAGAUAAAUUAUCAUCAGAUUUUCCUAUUGAGGUCAGUGGCACUGUUCAUCUGAGUAAGCCCUAAGGUUGUAAGCUUCCUAGGAGGUCCUCCUUGCCUUUAAAGGUUGAAUGUACCUGUCGUGCUACUGAAGAGUAACUACAGCAGGCCUUGUCUUGAUUAAUCAUGCUUCUGGUUAUGGCAGCUUCCUGGAAGUGCUGGGAGACCUAAAUUCUUGUGCUUCCCUGUCUUUCCUAUUUCUACGUUGGAAUCCAUUUGUAGGUCAGUCAGGCUCUCAACCAAAUUUGAUUCUCCUGACUGGCAGACAAGCUAUAUGAAUCACAUGUCAUGUUUCAUCUUGUUCCUCCAGGGUGUUUAUCUAAAUUCAUCUUCAUACUCCAGUAGCUUCAUUCAGUUUUGAAUACUUGCAGCGUUCUUAAAUGAAUGAAGUGGGUUCGUUGCUUCAUCUCUUUUCCUCCAAGGCAGGUUUCUUAAACCUGUCCCAGGUACAAGAAUCUGCAUCUACCUUGGUUGGAACUCAGGAGGAUUCUGUCUUCUCAGGCUGUCAAGGUCCCUUUGUGUGGUAUCCCUGCCCUCUAUCAUAUCAGCAGCUCCCCCUGUCUAUGGCAUAUUUUCCUUCUCUCUUUGAGAGUAUGUUCUGUUCUGUUCUCCACAUCAUUAUGAAGAUGCUGAACAGCAUCGAUCCCAGUAUUGUCUUCUGAGGCGUGCUUCUCAUAACUUGGCACCAUGUACACUUCAAACCACUGUUCGUUAUUCUUUGAGCCGGACAGUUCAACCAGUUUCUCACUGACCUCUCAUACUGGGCUGCGUCCACUCCAUAGCUCCCCAAUUUGGCUGCGAGGAUGCUGUGAGAGACUGCAGCAAGAGGCUUGCUGAGGUCCAUGUAAGCAGCGUCCACUGCCCUCCACUCCUUCACAGAGCCUGUCAUUUCAUCCUAGAAGGCAGUCAGAUUAAUAGGUAUGAUUUUCCCUUGUUAAAUAUGGCUGCCUGUUCCUAGUCACCUUUAUGUCCUUUGGAUGCUUGGAAAUGGCUUCCAGAACUUGCUUCAUAAACUUAUGAGGGACUGAGGUAAGGCUCACUCGUCUGUCAUUCCCCAGGUGGUCCUCAAUGCCUUUUUAGAAAGAGGCACAAUAUACUGCCCUUCUUGCCCCUGUCACAUCAUGCAAUUUCCCCCAAGUAUUCAAAGAUUAUGGAGACCAGCUCAUAAUGACACUCUUAUGCAAAAAGAAUUUUGUGUAUGUGUGGCAAGAAGGUGCACAUUCAGUAGAAGAGAAAGAGCUGGGAGGAAUACAUUUAAGUGGCUGUUCUUUGCACGUUUCCAGUAGUUCCAAUGAGCUCUAGUGAGGCUUAAGUUCCAGUUUAGUAGGUACUGGAGAGGUGCAAAUUAAAAGAAUGGUUUUAUGAUUUUAAGAUAAGGUGCAGUAAAGAGCAAAGAAAGCAGCAAAACAGUAGCUGGAGAGAAACUCAUAAGAGGCUGGGAGUAGUGCUACGGAAUGAUAGAUUAGCUUCGUGAUUGUGCUGUGCAGAGGUGUGUCUUGCUACCAUUCCUGAAUAAUGACACUGAGAUGGCUAGUGCUGUCCUUCAAAUUGCAGAAGCUCAUGCUGUUACCUUGCGGAUGUUGUGGACAGCUGCUCGGUGGGCAGAGGAUGAGAAGGGAAAUAGGUGGAGGGGCAGCAGUGAGAGUGAUUGUGUGUCUUUUUUAACACUGUAAUCCCCCUCUGCACUGAAGAAAGAACAUGCUACAAAAAAACCACAACAUAUGUGCCAGGAAACUGAAAAGAAAUUAUGUAAAGUGGAUAAGAACUUUGAUUUGUUGUCUUCAGGAUCAGUUUCUGAACCAGAAAAAUUUCAGUGAAACAAAAGUAAACGCUGCUACCAGUCAUUUGUUCAGAAAAUGUACUUCAGUAGGAGUAUUGGUUAUAGUAGUAAUACUAUUUUAGGGGAAUAUCAAAGGAGGACAAAAAUCUGCUCUCACUGUAAUACUGCUUUCUAUUCCAGUUUGUGUUUGCAUUGGAGACAUCCUGCUUUUGUACCUUAAAAUGUAGUAAAGUUUCUUAGAGUAUAAAACAUAAGGGGCUACUUGCUUUACAUAAGGCAAGACAAGAUUCUUAAGCCAUUAAUUUUUACUCAGUACAAGGACAGAGCUUGGCACAGAGAGAGAACAUAGCCUCUUAAUUAUACCAAAGCAUCUCAUUGUUUAAAGAAGUAAACUGACUCACAGGCAGGUGAGACUGAACUGGCACCAGUUCCUGGAACCCUCAGUGAGGUAACAGACUUGUGUUGUGGAGACAUAGGGAACCCUCAACGUACAUCACAAUUUUAAUGCAGGUAAAAUUCCUUCCCAAGUGCAGACCUGGCUGUUAGUGCGACUGUAGUGUGUUGAGAAUAGUGUGCCAACUGGCACACCCAGAAAGAGAAUUCUUGCACCAACUCAAAGAAUUGGUAGAAGUAGAAAAUGGACAGGUACAGCUUCUUUUAUAUGAAAGAAAGAAGCAAAAUACAUAUAUCUGCAGAAAGUAAUUGGAAAAAGUAUUGCUGACCCCUGCGUGUGUGACCCAGUGUAUUCAUUGUCUUAAAGCAGAGCUGCCAGUAUUAUGAGGAUGAUCAGGGUUUUGCAAAGCUGGCCUCUUUUCCUUGUAACCUCUGAAGGAAUGGGAUGAACAGCAUAAGGAAGGCUGCACUGGGUCAGGCUGAAGGUCUGUCUAGUUUGUAUUCUGUCUCACAGUGGCCAGGUUUGGAUGUCUAGGGGGUACCUGAGAACAAAGGAAUUACAUAGCGAGACCUCCCUUUUACAUUCUCUUAGCCAUGGUGCCAGGUAACAAAAAAGACUUUAACUUUCUUCAAAGCUGGAGAAAGUUUUUUCUGAACCUUUUAGCUAUGGUAUCCUGCAACUGGAUUUAAUUAUAUUUUUAGAAGGACAAGUAAUCUGACUUCAGAAGCUUCAAGUAAGCAGUAACUCAUCUUCCUUAGUUUUUGUUAUUAAUUGCCCUCCGUAUUAGGAAAUUGCAUCUUUUCUUUUCCUAGAUAUCAUCAUCCUGGCUUUUUCUUGUUAUGCUUUUUUCCAGCAAGCUUGGGAAGUCCUAUUCUUCCUUUACAACUAGGCUUCUUUGUCUUGUAUAACUAGCUAUACACAGCCAACAAGUACUUGUAAUCCAUUAACACAUGUAAGUCAUUAUUCAUAAGCUUCACACUAUAAAACUUGUCAUUCAGCCUUUUAAUUCCAUUCCUGCAUGAAAAUACCCAGUAUUCCACAUUCAUCUGCAUUCAGUUCUAGUGUCUGCACAAAGUAUUCUUUACAGAGGCAGGAAAUCUUGCUUGCCUGUUGCUAUUCAGCCUUCAUAUAUUCAUGUAACCACACAUCGUGUUAAUCCUUGCUGUCCAGACACUGCUGUAACGCUACCAUAACGCUGGUAUGGAGGCAGCAGACUCGAUCUAAAGUUCUUAUAGCUGCUUUUCAAUGCACAGACUCCUAGAAAUAAUAAUCUUUUUUAUUAUUAUUAUUAUUCUGAAAUGCACCAUGUUUCUUUAGCUGUAUUACAGUGCAAUUUUGGACUAAAGGAUCUUAAUUCAGAAUACUUAAGAGCUCAGUCUCUUUGUUUUUAUCAGAAGAGGAUCAGAGAUGCCUUGCCUGUGUAGUAGAAAGCCCCCAAUGGAAGUGGAAAUACCAGGAAAUAAAGCAUUUCACAUCUUCAGCAGAUGGGCAUAAAAAUAAGCUGGAAGCCACAGUCAGAUGAAUUCAAGGUAGAAAUAGGGUGUGAGGUUUGAACAGUAAGGACAAAUUAACCAUGGAACAAAGCACUGUGGAAACAGUAGGUUCUUUGUAUCUUCAGGCUUUGCUUUGAAGACAGCAGCAGCUUCCUUGAAAGAGUGUUGUAGCCAAAUAUAAACCACUGAGAUAAAUACAGAGGCAUCUAUAAGGCAAGGAAUGGUCAAUUUUAUAGGAUUUUCCAGUCACUUUUGUUCAAUUUUACUGUCUACAUGAAAUGAGAGUUGCUUCUGGUUUAGAAUCUCGGAGAAGUCUGGCUUGGCUUUUUUUUCUAUGUUGUAGAGAUCUGUUGAAAAAUGGGAAGUAUUUUGGCAAACAGAGAGAAAAACCAUGGUGGUGGAAGUUUUAUGGUGUUACUAAAAAAAUUGUCUUGAAAUUUGCAUGGGAAGGUGCAAAGAUGAGAAAAAAUUACCUCUGCCAUCUGAAAUGAUGCAUCAUUUCUGCACGCUUGUUGAUUUCUGAGCAGUACAAUGACAUACAAGUGUGCAGUGCUGAGACACAUGAUCACUCGGUGGAAGAUGCUCCUUGCUGAGGACUUCCUCGUUCUUGCUGUACUGGCUGCUGUCUCAGGGUGGCAUUCAGGAUGUUCAUGCUUAGCUUCAGCAGCUUUGUCUCAGUUUUUUAAAUUCAACUCUGUGAACAUUGCACUGGAAUUGGAGACAAGUGAAGGAAGAGCAUUGGUGGGUUAUUACCCUGAUAGGAUAGUUGCAUCUUUCCUCUUUUGUAGCAUAAAAAGCUGCCUCUCAGUAGAAGUGUCUUGGUGGUGGCUUUUAGCUUUCACUAUCACACCAAAAGAGCAAGACGGGAGGUUUCUUCCUGUGGAACAGUUGUGCUGCAAUCACCUGAGAGGAGAUGCUGUGACCAGAGGAAGUGCUUUUCUGGGAGUCUGUGCUCUAACUUUUGUACUUUUUGUACAACUUUACGGAGCAGCGACCUUGUGGAGUGCAGCUUUGAAAUACAUCGUGCUAUCUUUGUUCCAAAAUAGAUGUAAGAUAUAGUGAAGGAAUAAUGCCACGUUCAAAUUGUUGCUUAGAUCUUUAAGGUCCCUUCCAACCUAACCUAUUUUAUGAAUCAAAUCCCAAGCCCUGGACGUAGUAUUAAUGUCUCAUGCCAGCACCUCUUGUUGUUGUCCAGCAUGGUGUGUGAGUGCCGUGAGCUGAGACUGGUCUGGCCUGACUUGAGCCCCUAGGCACUGCUGAAGCCUUUGAGUUUUCUUUCAAGUCUGGUGACACCAGACAGUUAGCCAAAGCCAUCAGUUUCAGUCUAGCUUCCUUCUGUCCCAGACAGCUUACCUAGAGAGUUCACAAACAGGUCUACUGCUCAAAACCUGUAACGAGCCACAUUGUACAUGUCACAAAUGUUGUACGUGGUCAUAAGAUUUAACUGUUUAAUAGACUCUGGAUUCUUAGGACUCUGUUUUGGGGGUAACAUGUAAAUAAGAUUCUUGCUUGUAUUAUUUUGUCUUAAACAUGUAUUCUCUGAACAAGGGUCUUGCAGAAUCUCUGUUCUGAUUAUAAAAACUGGAAAUAAAUCAAUUUAUGAAAGAAUUGUUGUAUCUGAUACAAAACAAACUGGGUUGAAAGUAGGAGAAGGUACAGUGACACUGAAGUAGAUUUACAGGACUGCAAUGUCCAUAAUUUGCAUGCUUCCUUGACAGUUUUCUUAAAUAUAAGCUGUUAGCUGAGGGUCUGUAGGAAGUUACGGAAGUCAAGGAGUUCAGGUAACUCACUUAUGUCCUUUCUUUUUUUUUUUUUUUUUUCUUUUUUUUUUUUUUCAAUGAUUUUGUUUCCCAGUUUGUCAUGAUGUCAUCUCUAGGCAAUUGUGAUGCUCCCUGUUUGGAGUUUGAAAAGAUUCCAGAGUUUCUUAAGUAGUCUUUCACUUCCAAGUCACCACUUCAGAUCUACCCAGUCCCAAAAAUGAUUUCAUUUAAAUGAGUAGGUCAGUUCCAAUUGAUAUUUUAAUGGAUAUCCAUUUAUUUUGCCAACACUAACAUCCUUUUAAGAUUGAUUAGCCUCAUUCUUUUAUUUAUUUUUUUAACCACGGUAGCAGUGGCUUCAAAGAUCAAAUGAGCAGUGGACUUUGAAUUUCCUUUUGCAUGUAUUUUCAUCCCCAAAUUGACAGCUAUACAUACUUGUGGAAGUAGGGCUCCUUCUACAUUAACUGUUCCCACAAACAAAUUGUGAAAAGUUAGAACCCAAACUGAUUGAAUGCUUUUAAACAAAGAUCAAGAUCUUUUAGAAACUGCUUCAAGUUGUCAAUAUUAUGCAUGUCCUUUUAAUUUGUUUUGUUUUCCAAUUUUUAGAAAUGUUGCUUUUUUUUCUCUCUCAUCUGCAAGCCACACCUCUGGGAACUGGGAAGUGUUUCUGGUCGGAUGUGCUGAUUUUUGUUGGGAGGAAGGUGAAAAGAGCUCUUAAGAACAGAUUGUCUUACAGGAUGUGCCCCGGUUUGACAAAUAUGGUGAGCUGUGGGUAACAGUCAAAAAUAGUCAGAUGCUGUACUACACCUACCUGCAUUUUUUCUUUGUAAUGAAGCAUUUCAUUUGAUAAUUGGGAUGUCUUUUUUUUUUUUUUUAAGCUGAUUUUUCUGUUUGUCUUCACAUACCCUUAGUUCUACAUGCAAAAGCAGGUGGUAACUUCAGUAGCCGGGCUGGCUGUGGGGUCCCAUCCAAGUGGUGUUUUUUUUAUCUUCUACUGGAGUUUUUCAGACCAUGUUCAUUUUAUAAUUUUCCAGCUCAGAGAAUCACCUGAAACUACAAAUGAAUACAGGUAGACUUACUAUGUGCUCAUGGAGGAUUUCACACAGCUAAAUAAACGAUAGUUCAUAACUAGGAGUACAAAAUUUGUUCUCUACCAAAGUCAACAAAUUUUUCAGUAACGGCAGUUACUUAAUUUUUUUUUAAUGAAAAGUUGUAUAAAGUAGUAUAUAGAGUUUCAAAAAGCUAAGUGAUAUUCAUUUCAUUCAAUCCCAUUGGGGAGUGACAGGGACAUACCUAAAGACGAGAACAAGAGCAGACUUGAGCAUACUUUAGUCAGGAGGUGCUGCCAUUAGGGAAAUGAAACAGGGAUUUUGCAGAACACCUUUAAAAUUGCAAUAUAUCGGAAGAACUCUAGUUGGAGAACUCUUCCCGAAAGUUUCACCAACCUUGCCUUAGGAGUCUUCUUCAUCCUGCUUCACAACAUAGUUUGCAAAUGUGUGGAUUUCCCCCUCACUCCCCCUUUCCCUGGGGAAACACACACUCCUGUUUUGAGAAAGCCAGAGGUGAAGAUGCUCUUGAUGCUCGGCAUUGUGUGGUGAGUGAAAGAAAUCUUGUGAUUUCUUUCCUGUCUGUCCAGUGUCAUCACAAAAGUUGCCUAUAGAAAUCAGCAGCAGGCCAAGCUUUCAUGUGCUUUUUCUCCCUUGCUGUUCCUUUUGGAUUCCCGUGGGAUGAUGUAGGGCUGUCGUGGCCAUGCACUCAACCAGCGCAGGGACUGCCAUGGGGCUACCCUGGAGCUGGUGGCGUUUCCCAUCCUCCUGACCACAUCGCUGGGGAUGCUGCAUGACUGCAAGACACACGCUUCCUGGGUUUCCAUUUAUUUAGACGUUUAAACAAAGUGUGUUAUUUAACAAAAGAAAGAAAGAAAGAAGUGGAAAUUUCAUGCUUCCACGACAAACCAGGCUCCAAUUCCAUCAAUCCUUGUCAGUCUCUUCGGGGUGCCUCCUGCUUGUAGUAGCUUAGAAUGUUAAUGGGUUUAUUUAUGUGCUAGGAAUUUGGCUAUGAUUGUCACCCUUAUUUUAUAGAUGAAUGCAGAAUGAAUAAAACAAAAAAUAGGGAUUGUCUCUUGGGAGCUGGGGGGCCAAGAUGAGGUACCAAGGAAUGGGCAAUUUGGAAUGGCUUAAUUUGUAACCUUUUGUAGAUUCAAAUCAAUUUCCUACUAAGUUCCAUGGCACCUGUGAGUGCUCAGAGCUUCUGGAAAUCCAGCCACAACGUGCCAAUGAGGUGAGGAGCACUGUGCUCCUCGUUGGAGUAUCUCUCUUGCUUCUCAGGCCUCAGAGAGGUGGCAGGCAGGCAUCUCUCCAGGGCUGGUGGUCACUUGUUUUCAUCACAAUAAUUUUGUUUUUGACAGUUUCAGUCUGUGUUCUUUCUGUCUUUAGCAGCAGAUAGUCAGACCCAAUCUCCUUCAGUUCUCGGACUUCUCAGACCUCACCUCCCCAGAGGUGUGUGCUCUGUGCUCUGUAUGAGGCUGGAGUUCAUAGAAAAUAAACUGUGUGCUCGUUUGAUUUGAUGUUAUUGCAAUGCAUAUGUGCAGAGGGAUGAAUUAGGAUGGCAGUUCAUUUCUUCACUUUUGAAUAUUUGUAUCUGUAACCGGAUGUGUAUAUACAUAUAUAAAAUUAUGCAUACAUAA